AUGUCGUCUCACUCAACUCACACCAAGAUGCUGGUUGCCCCAGCUCGACUGAACCUCCGCCGAGGCGGCUCCUACAACCACCUGGAGCGUGGUCCGCUCUCUUCGACCUCUUCUCGGUUCAACUUCAACCACCUUCUUUUCUCCCCCCCGCCUUCACCGAGCCUUCCGGCCUUGGUUCCAAGACCCAAGAGGUCUCCCUCGCAGAUUUUGGUCGCUCGGCCGAGCCGUGUCUUUCGCCGCCUUUUCCUUCUGGCGGGACUGUUUACUAUUGUGUAUUUGGCGGUCCUUCUCUUCGGGAACCGCGAUGCCAUGCCAGCGGUCUGGCCCUACUUUGCUCCGCAGGAGGACAUCGAAAUGGUUGGCCAGGACGCCCUCCCGGACUUUCCCACACCCGUCGUUAUUAGCGACGUCAAAGGCCGAUCGAAGUGGACCAUUUCUAUCCCUCACGAUUAUGAUUUCCCCUUGUCCAUUGACCAGUACGCAGACAUGAGUGGACAGUGUCGAGAGGUCUCCUCCCGAGCCAGGGAUCUUCAUCACAAAACCCCCAUCUCGGAGCAGACAAUGCUAAGCUACGAUGCUCCGGACGACUACUUUGUUGACGUGUAUGAGGCCGAGAGAACUGGUCUGCUGCCUCCCCCUCCCAAGGGACUCCGCGCUGUCAAAGAAGUUGGUCACAUUGUUGGAAUGGACCAAGAAUCAAUCAAAUACAAGCCCGUCUGCCAGAGCUCCAUGAUUUUCGUGUUGGAGACUCCGGAUGCCGGCUUGGGAAACACUCUUAUGAUGAUGUGGACGUUUUAUGGACUGGCCAAGGAGCAAGGCCGGGCCUUUUUCAUCGACGACAGUCGCUGGGCCUAUGGUCCCUAUACUGACAUAUUUGCCUCCCCUCCCAUCCCCGACUGUCGGGCACCUCCUCGAUACCAUAUGGUUCCCUGCCCAUUCCAAGCUCGUCACUUGGUCGUCUCCAGUGUGACCGCAAAGGAGAUCUUCCCGGCCUUGCUGGCCAAGAGUCACCGCAUGGGUGGUGCCGACAGUGGGCUGCGUGGUCUCUUUGAACUUGCCCACACAGGGUACCAAGCUAUGUUUGGCCUCAACAAGCAGGACCAGUCCUACGUUGAUGGUCGCAUCAAUGGAAUCCGGACCAAAGCCAAGGUAGACGAUGCCAAAGUUCCGGAUGUGCCCGUCAUUGGACUCCAUAUUCGCCAUGGAGACCAGCAUCCCAUCGAAUACCAGUACCGUGAUGGUUACAUUCCCUCCGAGGUGUUCCUCGAGAGUGUCGGAAAUCUCGUGGAAGAGUACUACAAUAAGACAUUGACAGACGCCGUCACCAGCCGCGAUUUCAUGACCAUCCUCGCCACCGAUGACCCGACAGUGUACGAGGAAUCCGAGUUUUCCAAGGUCGUCGCCUCCCAGGAGCGAAUCCGUCUAGCCUCGAAAGUGGCCAUUGACGAGGCCAACCCUAACCCUCACGCGCUCCGCCACUUUGUCGACGAAACUUUUGGUUGGGAGGGUGGCUUCUUCGCACCCAUGUUUUGGAACCUCGGCGUUGACCGCAAGAACAACGCCGCCAAUGCCCCCAACGGCGUGGAUGUGCACGAUGUGAAUAUGGAGGCAAGACACAUGGCGCCCCCAUCGGAGGCGACGCUGAGAUUGCGGAGCCUUAUCGGACGGGCGUACAUGAUGGACCUAGCAGUACUUGCUGGCGCAAGUGACCAGGUGGUUUGUGCCGUGAGUGCCAUGGGGUGUCGACUGUUGGCUGUGAUGAUGGGCUGGGAAGAUGGCAUCGAAAAGGCCGGCUGGGUGAAUGUUGAUGGGUCGUAUGGGUGGACUGGAAUCAACUGGUGA